AACUCUAUGCCCCUGUCAUUCUCUACAAGAGGGCAAACUUGUCCACAGCAUGGCAUUGAUGUAAUGCCUCAUGAUUUCCGUAUUCUUUUCAUAUGGAUACCCACCGUGCGGUGUGAGCCCGAGCCGCGAACUGUCAAACGAAUGCAACGUACCCCCGAAUGCAACGUACCCCGAUUGUAUCUGCCUGGGGUCGAAUUUUUUAGACUAAUUCCAUGGAUGAAACACAGGCACAGCAGCUUUUCCAAAGAUUAUGAUAACAAUGCGCUUGCAUUAUUUCCCACACGUCAAACAAUACGUGGACAGAUCAGAUAAAAGUCAAUUUACUAGCCUGGAUGAUUUAUUUAUGUGAGGAUGGGUGCAACUUCUCUCUACUCUAGUAUAUUCUGCUGCACAGAGCAGAGCGCUAUCUUUUCGCAGUGCUUUUUUAUUAUUAAAUGAUGGGUGGGUGCGUUCAUUUAUAGCUCAGUGGGUAGUGUGUGUGACGAGAUGCCACUAGUGUAACGCGGAAGUUCGUUGAAAGUUGUCGUGCGUUUCGUGUACAGUAGACCUUCCACAACAUUCGGUGUUCUAUUUCCUUUUUUUAGGACAACAAACUACAUGCACGCUCCUCACGGGCUGAAGCACCAUGGUAACAAAAAGGCAGGCCCUCAGAGCUGUUGUACUUUGUCUGGUGCUUGUUGCUGCUGUCAAACUUCUGCUUUCGGAAUACAGAACUGAAAGGAAACAGAAGUUGGCCAUCAUGGAUCCUGGCUCAUUUUGGCACCAGGGACCAAACGUGAAGGAGGCUGUUACUGUGCACAAGUCAGAGGUUAUAAACUAUUUUGUUAACUGGGCCCAGAAACCAGAUGUUCCAGAGCCUCCAGUAGAAAAAGGAGCAGACACAGUACCUCUGGAAACCAGCAAAGUCCCUGCAAGAAUAGUACACCUGGAUCUGAAAGGUGCUGCACCCAAAGUCAAAUACAUCAAGCAGAUCUUCCCGCUCUUCUCCUCUCUGGGUGCUGAUGGUGUUCUGCUAGAGUACGAGGACAUGUUUCCCUACCAUGGAAACCUGACGAUUCUCAGGUCACCGUAUGCCUACAGUAUGGAAGAUAUAGAGGAGAUAAAGAGCCUAGCCAAACUCAACAAGCUGGAACUGAUUCCUUUAGUGCAAGUGUUUGGACACCUCGAGUUUGUGUUGAAGCAUGAGAGGUAUUUCCACCUGAGGGAGGUGAGGGCUUUCCCUAACAGUCUGAACCCCCACCAUCCUGGCUCUGUGGCUCUGGUCAAGGAUAUGGUCUCCCAGGUCAUGGACUGUCACCCUGACGCACGCUGGUUCCACAUGGGGGCUGAUGAGGUGAGGGGUCUGGGAGAGAGCCAGGACUCUAAAAACUGGUUACAUAGCAACAAGGGGGACGUUGGGAAAAUGUUCCUGAACCAUGCAGUGUCAUUGGCCCGUUUCAUCACAGAGAGAAGGUCAGGGGUCAGAGUGAUUCUGUGGGACGACAUGUUGAGGAAGAUCAGCCCUGCCACUAUUAAAGAGUCAGGCCUGCAGGAUCUAGCUUCCCCAACAAUAUGGAACUAUUUGAAGAAAAUGGAUACAGAUGGUAUAGGAACCUUGAUAUCUAGAUACCACGAGGCUGGUUUCAAGGGUGUAUGGUUCGCCAGUGCAUUUAAAGGGGGCACAGGUAUUGACCAGCGAUGGACCCCUCUUGACUAUCAGCUACAGAACCAUCUGUCCUGGAUAAAGGUCAUGAACUCCAUGACUAAAUACCCCAACAUAACCCUCCAUGGCAUCCUGCUAACCGGAUGGCAGAG